CCAAAGGUCUCCACCAGACAUCAGUAAGGCAGAAUACCCCGUGAAUGUCGUUCGACAUGGAGGCGAUCACAGGAAGUAUACUACUGUUGUGUGUUAUCAGCUUAGCUAAUGCAAAUUCCAGUCCCACAAUAACUCACGUUCUUUACGAAGUGUGUGAAGACACUCCUGUUGGUACUGUUGCCUUUAUAAUACAAGCAAGCGAUCCUGAUGGUGAUUCCAUGACGUUCACACUAACUAACGGCAAUAAAGAGUUCUUCACAGUUAACAGGAACACUGGGGCUGUAACGGUCGCAAGGGAACUAAACAGAGAGCAAUUUCCUUUAAUGUCACUUGGAGUCGAUGUCUCUGAUGGGCUCAACGAUAUACAAGGCACUCUUACUUUAAUAAUAGGAGAUGCCAAUGACAAUACACCAACAUUUGUUAAGUCCAGUUAUGACAAAGAUGUCCCAGAAAACACAGCUAUAGGUACAACUCUGUUCACAGUGCAAGCCAAUGAUGGCGACACUUCAAGUGCUGCGGCUGUCACAUAUAAGAUCGAUGAAGUAACUCCAGCUGAAGGAGCUGGCCUGUUUGCCAUCUCAGCCACAACCGGUCAUGUCACAUUAAUUCAAAGCCUGAAUUACACUUCACUGAGCUCUUUUUAUCGACUGAAGAUUAAUGCAACUGAUGGUGGAGGAAAGUGUUAUUUUGCUGAAACAAAGUACUUGUCGAGCAGUGUGUAUUCCUUCAUUAAUGUGGUGGACGUCCCAGACCUUGACCCACGGUUCAUUGGCCUUCCAUACAUAGGCAGCGUUAAAGAAAAUGCCGCUGUGGACUUGUCUGUGCUUAAAGUGAUUGCUCUAGACCAGGACACAGGCGUGAACGAUAGAGUGGCCUAUAGCAUUCAAAAUUCCUCAGCAAGUGGCCUGUUUAAAAUCAGACCAGAUGAUGGCACCAUAUUAGUAUCCUCGGCCAUUGACAGAGAAGCUGUUGGCGAUACUGUAACACUGACUGUGAAGGCCACAGAGUCUCAGUCAAACAUCCAUGGGAUCUUUGCCAGCACCACAGCAGACGUACAGAUCCACAUCCAAGACAUCAAUGACAACAGGCCGGAGUUUUACAGAUGUGAAACGGGCUGUGUGAGCGCAAGUCAGUUCACAGGAGAGGUCUUAGAGCACUCCCUGGGGUCUGUUUCCUUUAACAUGACGGUUAAGGAUGCGGAUAAGGCCUCACGCAUCCGACUCACGCUGGAGGGAACAGACAAGGACGUGUUUUCUGUGGAGCCUUCAUCGGUCAUGUCAGAAAGCACUGUUGAGCUGCUCGUCAAACAGCCCCAAGCACUGGAUUUUGAACAAAAACAGCAAAUGGUUCUACAGGUGAUCGCCACAGAUGAAGAAGAGGCCACGUUCCGGUCAACUGCGACAGUCACUAUAAACAUAAGGGACGCCAAUGACAACAGUCCCACUUUCCCUCAGCCCACAUACAAGUUGGACGUGCCUGAGCAAUCUCCUGCAAACACAGCGUUGGAAACAAUUACUGCAGUAGAUCCCGACACAAUGGACCAAGGCAAACUCAAAUACAAGCUUCUUCCGGACAGCAUACUGCCGUAUUUUGACGUGAAUCCAAAUACAGGCGUAGUUUACGUGAAAAACGGAUCCCUGCUGGACCGCGAGGUCAGAUCUGCGUAUUCAGCAACACUUCAGGUCACGGACACUGAUGGCAAGCCCGGCACCACGGUACUGGAGAUCACUGUCACGGACAUCAAUGACAAUCCCCCAGUCUUCAACAGAGAAUCUUAUCUGGAGUUUGUUCAAGAGGGACAACAACUUGAGGUUAAGAUAGAGGCAACUGAUGUUGAUGAACCCAACACAGUAAACAGCCAAAUUGUGUAUGGAAUCGCGCCAAGCAACUACAGUGACAACUUCACCAUCGACGCCAGCACCGGCGUGUUAAGAAGCAGCGGUGAACUAGAUCGUGAGUCCCUGGAUCCAGAUCUCAACGGAAGGAUCCAGAUCAACGUGACAGCCACUGACCAGGGCAGUCCCCAGCUGUCCGCCACGGUUCCAGUUAUCAUAAAUAUAGAUGAUAUCAAUGACAACACACCGUAUUUCGAACCCCCCUCUUAUACGUUUCAUGUUAAAGAAGGCGAAAUAGGCGCGUUUGUGGGCUCUGUCUAUGCUGAGGAUUCUGACCAAACGAUGGACUUCAACCGCAUUUCUUUCAGCAUCAUUGAUGGAAGCUUCGGGAGCUUUAUCAUUCGAACCUUUCCCUCGGGAAGGGGUUACAUGGGAAACAUCACUGUGGACCCAGACAUUGAGCUGAACUAUGAGAGCGCUCGCACACAGUACAACCUUAAGGUCGAGGCAACAGAUCUGGGGCAGAGGACUGCUGUAGUGGCAGUGGAGGUGUUAGUGGAGGAUGUGAAUGACGAGAGGCCUGAGUUCACGCCAGUAGCGCCCGUGACAGUGAAGGAGAACACCACCAUUAGCGAGGGCAUUGGGAAUUUUACAGCGAUCGACAAGGACGGGAACCAUUCCCUGGUCUACGAGCUGAAAUCAAUCAAAUGCAAAUGUAACGAUGUCCUGGAACCCUGCAACUGGUUUAUCCUCGAUCCAUCAGGAGAGGUUAGGGUCAACCCGGAGGACAAGAUUGAUUAUGAGCAGUGUACUCAGGGAGUGGUCGAGGCUCAGGUGGUGGACAUGUACACGGAGAAAGGAGAGAACUAUAGCGUCUCAACAGGAGAAAUGGUCAUCAACAUUGAAGACAUCAAUGACAACGCUCCAGAAUUCCUCCCCUCAGACGCUGUGUUUGUCGUGGUGUCAGAAAGUGCAAACAAAGGGACAUCGGUUGCAGGAGUCACUGCUACAGAUCGUGACACUGGAGAAAACAAGCAGAUCGAAUUUAAAGUAACGGGAGUCCAGUUCCACCACACAAACAAUCAAACGACUAACAUGAGGACGCUGUUUGAAGCUGUGACCACACAGCAAAAUGACAUUUAUGUUGGGAUUAUCCAAACCAAUGAAGGCCUUGAUAUGACACUAAAAGGGAAGUAUUUGGUAACAGUGACUGCCACUGAUAAGGGCGGCCUCUCCUCCAACAUCGUACUGGAUAUUUUCACAGUUGACUUAACCUAUAAAGUCGAACUCCAGUUUUCAUCCACGGAGGCUGAGGUUGAACAAGACCUCGAUAACAUCAUCAGGGCACUCACUUCUGCCACCAAGGCUUCUGUUGAAGUCGUUGCAAUCAGGUCUAAGUCUGACGCUCAAGCAUCCAGAGAUUCACAGAUCACCAUCUUAGAGGUAUAUUUUGUCUACCCCAACGGGACAGCUCUCACCUAUAGUGAAGUGGAGAGGAUGCUUUCUCAUCCGGACCAUUACCCUGAGCUGAUUAACCUCGGCCUCAAGUACAUCGGGAAUUCUCCGGUGGAUGAGCCGGAGGAUGACGUCUUGAAGUACAUCCUGCUGGGGGCAUUGGGAGGUCUCAUCAUCGUGCUGAUUAUCCUCACUACUUCACUGAUGUGCACUCGCAGAACGUUCAAGAGGAAGCUGAAAGCAGCACAAGCCAUGAAGUCUGCAACCAUGAUGAAUACUGAGAGCCAAAAUGUUGGCGCUGUGGUGCCUGGAACCAACAAGUACACCAUGGAGGGUGCCAAUCCCGUACUCAACCUCAACAUUGACACAGCCGUGAUCUACGAGGAUUCAGAUGUGGACAAAAUGAGUCUCAACUCCCUGGACUACAACUAUGACGUAGUUGCUCCUGGAAUGAACACAAAACGUAUCCCGGGUGGAACCAGCAGAACUCCGAAGUACAUUGACCCUCUGGAUGAAGCACUGGACCAGAAUUACCCGAAGAAGAACAGCAUAAACACACCUGACGUGGGAUUUAACAACCCUUCAUUUAAAAAUACAGAUCUGUGAUGAAAAUACACAUGCAGCCUUUCUCUAAUCACACUAACCAAAUCAAAACUUUUUUAUGAAAAUGAUUUUAUGACAAUUAUGAUAUCGUCUCAUGGAAUUUAGUCUGUUUUGUUUGUCCAUUAGUCGAAAGGCAAGUGCUUGUGUCCAGUAUCCAAAGUAAAAGAAGUUCAUUUCCUGCUGGCUGUGACUUUGAAAACAAAAGUUGAAUCAAUCUCAUCUUGCUUUAAAUAACUCAAAAUAAUCAAAACAUCAUAUCAACAGAAAAGCAAACAAAACAGUUCUGUGUUGUACAUUUAAAUCACUUUAUUUAAUUUAUUUAACAUAUUAAGCAACUGUUUAAAAACUGUUUGGUUUUCCUUGAAUUAAACUUUAGUAUAACUUAAACACACAACGCAAAUUUCUGUCGCAGCAGACGCUACAGAAAAAGAACAAGAGUACUGCAUUAUGUCAGUGUAUGAAUGAAAUAUGUAUUUAUGAUUGUGAGUCAGCCAAAAUUGAAUGCGUGUUUAAUUUAUCCGCGUUUGCUCUGGGCGCGACGUGAAAACCUCAUGCAGAGUAACUUCCUACAAGCAGCAGAAUGAUUAUUUCACUGUUUACUGACAAUUAAAUGAAUGUUACGCAAGUGCAAUCUGUAAAUAAAGUCAAUUUCUUCAGAUGUG